AUGGCCGAGCACCACAUUAUAGUGGAGCACCGGCACCACCAGUCCUAUCCGAAUGAGAGCGAUCUGGCUUUAUUGCGUUCUCAGCAUACGCCACGUUUGUCCAGGCGUCAGUUGAUUCUAGUGUUAACAAUUGGCGGCAUUUGCCUUAUUUCACUCUAUGCCUACUGGGACAUAAUGAUGAUAACAGCCGGUGCAACGGCCAACUCCUUUGCUGCACCCAUUCCAGCGGUUGGGCAACGAAAGAACGUGAAUGAAACAUUGGCCCAGCAGCUGGAAAGGGAGGUGCGUGUCCUGUGCUGGGUCCUUACCACACCGAAAUAUCAUAAAUCACGAGCCAUACACAUUCAACGCACAUGGGGCAAACGGUGUAACAAAAUCUAUUUUAUGACAUCGGCCCCAGAUGAUGAGCUCGAAACUGUGAUCCUCACCAAACCGGAUAAAUACGAAGUGCUCUGGGGCAAGACAAAAGAGGCAUUCACAUAUCUGUAUGAGAAUAAAUUCGAUGAGGCGGAUUGGUUUAUGAAAGCCGAUGACGACACCUAUGUUUUUGUGGAAAAUUUACGUCACAUGCUGUAUCCCUAUUCACCAGAUAUGGCCCUACAUUUUGGUUUCAAUUACAAAUUGAUCGGUAAUCCUCCUAAAAAUGGGUCUUACAUGUCGGGUGGCAGCGGUUAUAUACUAAGUCGCGAGGCUUUACGCAUCUUUGCAAAUGGGGUCAACGAUAGUAGUAAAUGCCGUCAGGAGGAUAAUCAAGCUGAGGACUUGGAAAUGGGUAUAUGUCUAUAUAAUUUGGGUGUACCAGCUGGUGAUUCUCGUGAUGCCAGUCUACGGUUUCGUUUCCUACCCAUGGCACCAUUCUCCUUACUUUUAUCCCAUUAUUAUGGCAUGGAUUUUUGGUUCUUUAAAUAUUCCUACUACAAUCCCAGAGCGUGCAUGAACUGUUUGUCGGACUAUCCAGUUGCAUUUCAUUAUAUCUCGAGCAGUGAGCUAUAUGUCUAUGACUAUUUCAACUAUCAACUGCAGCUCUAUGGUCGAACGGAAUUGACCGAGUAUUUGCCACAGAAAAUAUUACCCGAAGAGCUGCAGUCAUUUAUACGGCCAAGUGACAAUGUGCCCCAAUAAAAGGGCCAAAGUUCUUGCAAAUUUUGAAACAGAACAGAUUCCAUUUGAUAUCUCGAGGCAUUUUUUUUUUAUUUUUAUU